AUGGCUUGGAAUAUACCAAGAGUGCAUCGCAACAACCACAAAGCAAAGUCGUCAACUCCAACACUAUCAGGCGACAGAGAUGAAUCCUUCAACGAUCCUCGCCACCAAAAAAUAAUAUCCAAUCCGAAUAAUGACAGUCCGAACCGUCGAGCCAUCUUAUUAUUGGCGCCCAUCCUGACCAUUACAGCCCCACAAGUCGCCCAUGCCGGAGAGGUGGGUGCCCGCAUUACACGUGCCGUCACGCAAUCCGAUCUCGGCAUUUCUGUUCGAAAAUCCGUCGUACGAGGGGCACAAGUCAUCGACCAAGUGGAUGGACAAUGGGAACGAUUCUCCGAUCAAUUCGGGCUCGGAGCCGAACGGAACAAACAGGUGGGUCGACCCACGCCCAAGGUGAUUCCAGAUCCUCUUCCAUUGGAUGCGACCACAGCCAAGGCUAUCCUGGAUAUCACGGAUGGAAUCUUUCUGUCACUCUUGGCGUCCACGGGAAUCAAACGAGAAACACUCGAGGCACAAAUCAACAAAGUGGCAACCUUGGUGCGACCUUCCUUUGAACGGAAUAAUGGCGACCAACAAGACCUGAUGCUGUCAGCAUCUCAAAACAAUAUACAGACAGCUGCACAAUUCAACUUUUAUUCCUAUGUUCACUUCAAAGCCUACUCGGACCUCAUCAUUCAGCAAGGCAAAGAGUUUGAUUUCAAUGCGUUUCGACGCUCCUUUGAGAAACAGACAGGCGAUCAACUGGUCGCUUUGCUACUUCCCCAGGACUCCGAAAGAGGAAAGCAACAACCAAAAACAGAGCUGUUGCUCAAUGCCAAAUUCAAUCAAAUAGAGCAGCUUUGUCAACAACUCAAACAAAAGGGUCUCCUCUCCUUGACGGAACGCAGCGAAGUGGAUCGGGAAAGCAUUCUAGACUGGAUUGAUGACACGAAUUCUUUGUCAUUCACCCUUGCACUUGAUGGAGAUAUCACCCUGGGAUCACAAAUGCUCCUACAAGAGCAAGGGUUCCGGCUUUACCCAGACUAUCCGAGGUUCGCGGUCCUAUCACUUCUGCAAAACAUCGAGGGCCAGGAAGCUCAAAUUGAUGACUAUUACUUCGAUACUGACUACAACUCAGAUCCAGACAAGUUUGAAGUGAAGGAGGUUGUGUUGAGCGUUGUUUUGGACAGUGUUUAA